AUGCAGCCGCGCCGGGAGCACCCUUAUCCUAUCGGUCCCGGCCCGGGAGCUCCAGCUUAUCCUCCACCUCAAAUCAACUCUCUGAACGACCACCAGAGCCAGGUCGCCCAGCCCUCGUCGUCCACGAUGAACAGCCAGCCCAUUUACGGCGGCAUGCCGCCCACCCAGGCCCACACGGGCGCCUAUGCUCCUGCCGACCCCGUCUCCAUCCAGCCCUCGUGCGGCACCCGCGAUGGCAAGACGUUCGAGCUAGUCGUCGAGCAGCAGCCUGUCCGGGCUCGCAUGUGCGGCUUCGGAGACAAGGACCGUCGCCCCAUCACGCCGCCGCCGUGCAUUCGCCUGAUCGUGAAGGACUCGGCCACCCACAAGGAAAUCCCCUUCGACGAGGUCGAUUCCACCUUCUUCGUCCUGACGGUUGACCUGUGGUCAUCUGAUGCCCGCCAGGAGGUGAAUCUCGUCCGCGCCUCCUCCGGAGCGCCCACUGUCUCUAUUUCUACGAGCACGCUUACUUCCUACCCUCCCCACAUCGAGCGCGGCUGGCAGGACCCCGGCCCCUACGCCAUGACUAUGGGCCCGAGAGGCGGCGCCUACUCGGCGGGACCUCCUGGAUAUGCCAUCAACGCUGCGCAGCACAUGCCUCCCCAGAUGCAGGGUAGCUACCAGCCGAGCUACCCCGGCUCGUCGCCCAUGACUCCUCAUAUGCCCCAGUAUCCCCAGUAUGCUCCUCCUCAGCACCAUGGCUACCCCGUGGCGCCCCAGGCGAUGCCCGUCAUGCCCCCUGCUGCGCCGACGACGUCCUCUGCAACUGGAAUGUUCACCCGCAACCUCAUUGGCAGCUUGAGCGUGAACGCUUUCCGCUUGAACGAUACCAGUGGCAAGACGGGCUUCUGGUUUGUCCUUCAGGACCUGUCCGUCCGUACCGAGGGCGUUUUCCGCUUGAAAAUGAACUUUGUCGACGUCGGGAAGAAUAUCGGCAACGGCAACAACCUCAACACCGGCAAAGCCCCCGUCCUCGCCUCGUGCUUCAGCGACGCUUUCCAGGUCUACAGUGCGAAGAAAUUCCCCGGAGUUAUCGAGAGCACCCCGCUCAGCAAAUGCUUUGCCGCGCAAGGCAUCAAAAUCCCCAUCCGUAAGGACGGCCCCAAGCCUGCUAAUGCUGCAGAAUAUGAAAACGACGAUCAAUGA